CAUUUUCUUAAGUUUGCCAAAAUUUUAAUUUUUUGAGACUUUAUGUGUGUUUAUUUUUAAUUAAUUAAAAGAUAAGAUGCCGCCUACCAUUAACAAUUCGGCGCUUAACAGUGCUGCCGAGAAGCGCCCCCAGCGUCAAGCGGAACGCAAAUCAGAAAUCAUUUGCCGCGUCAAAUACGGCAACAAUCUGCCGGAUAUACCCUUCGACUUGAAAUUCCUGCAAUAUCCCUUCGACAGCCAUCGGUUUGUGCAAUACAAUCCCACCUCUUUGGAGCGCAAUUUUAAGUACGAUGUGCUGACCGAGCACGAUUUGGGUGUUACGGUUGACUUAAUUAAUCGCGAACUCUACCAAGCUGACUCAGUGACUUUGCUGGAUCCUGCAGAUGAGAAGCUGCUAGAGGAGGAAACACUUACCCAGACAGAUUCGGUGCGUUCACGACAACAUUCGAGGACGGUAUCCUGGUUGCGGAAAUCCGAGUACAUAUCGACGGAACAAACGCGCUUCCAGCCACAAAAUCUGGAGAAUAUUGAAGCCAAGGUGGGCUAUAAUGUCAAAAAAUCGCUGCGCGAGGAGACUCUGUAUCUGGAUCGCGAUGCACAAAUCAAGGCAAUAGAGAAAACGUUCAGCGAUACCAAAAACGAAAUCACCAAGCACUACUCCAAGCCGAAUGUGGUGCCAGUAGAGGUUCUUCCAAUCUUCCCAGACUUUACAAACUGGAAGUAUCCAUGCGCACAGGUCAUUUUCGAUAGCGAUCCGGCGCCGCAAGGCAAAAAUGUACCCGCCCAACUGGAGGAAAUGUCGCAGGCCAUGAUACGUGGUGUGAUGGACGAGAGUGGCGAACAGUUUGUUGCUUAUUUCCUGCCCACAGAGACAACGCUGGAGAAGCGUCGUGCCGAUUUUGUGGCCGGUGAGCUGUACAAAGAUGAGGAGGAGUAUGAAUAUAAAAUUGCGCGCGAGUACAACUGGAAUGUCAAGACAAAGGCGUCAAAGGGCUACGAGGAGAACUACUUCUUUAUCAUGCGCCCCGAUGGCAUCUACUACAAUGAACUGGAGACGCGUGUGCGCCUCAACAAGCGUCGCGUUAAAGUGGGCCAGCAACCCAACAAUACGAAAUUGGUGGUCAAACAUCGGCCCUUGGAUGCCAUGGAGCAUCGCAUGCAGCGUUAUCGUGAACGUCAACUUGAAGUACCCGGCGAGGAGGAAGAGGAGGUUGAAGAAGAAAUGGACGUUGAUGAGCAAGCGGCUGGCGAAAAGGAGCAGUCAGCGUUGGCUCCCUCAACAGCAGCAGAGGGAAAAGAAGGCUCAACGACACCUGCAGCUGAUGGUGAAACUGAUCAAGCUGCUGCACAAACAGCACGUGAGCGCCAAUCACGAUCACGCACGCGGUCGGGUGGAUCGCGCUCUCGCAGCCGUAGUGCCAGCGGAAGUGGCAGUGCUGCCAGUCGUAGUCGCAGCCGUAGUCGUAGCCAGUCCAGUACUCGCUCGAAAUCUGGCUCACGAUCGCGCUCCAAUACGCCCGCCGCCUCUCAUAAGUCUGGCUCACGCAGUCGUAGUCGCAGCGCAAGUGGCAGCCGCAGCCGUAGCCGCAGUGCUAGUGGCAGUCGUAGUCGCAGUGCCAGUGGUAGCCGUAGUCGCAGCCGCAGUGCUUCCGGAUCACGUUCUGGCUCUGCAUCACGUUCGCGCAGUGGCUCUCCCAGCGGUUCCGGCUCCAGCUCGGGCAGCGGCUCUGACGAGGAUUAAAAAACUAUGAUUUGGACAUAAUGCAUCUAUUGUAAUUAUUAUAUUUUACGCCAUAAGAAAUAGUACACGAAAACAAUAACAAA